GUCGCGUUCUUCGAUUUGGCUACACUGAGGCUGCGCACAACAGCCAGCUCCAACGCCUGCCUUGUGAGUGUGUUUGGAGUAGGACUGCAGCGGUGUUGAAAGCGUACUGUGAGCUCGUUGAGCUCCUCGGUGUUUUUCAUGGAGAACAGAUUCACUAUCUGCUGAUAAAUCCGCCCGAGAGGACACAGAAGAGGAGGAGUAGGGAAGAGAGAGGAAGAAGGGAAAAACUGCAGAGGAGAAGAAGCGACAGAGGAGAAGAGGAGGGGGGACUAGGAGGAGGAAAAAAUCGGGACAGGGAAAAAUGCCGCAGAUUUGACUGAAAAGAUGUCUGCUGUCACAAUGGAAGCGACCACCAUCCUCCCCAUUCUCAAGAAGAAGCUGGCCUUCUUGUCAGGGGGUAAAGACCGGCGCAGUGGUCUGAUUCUGAACAUCCCUCUCAGUUCAGAUCAGACCAGCAUGGAGGAGCUUAGCGCCACGCUGGACUACCUGCUUAGCAUCCCAAGUGAGAAGUGUAAGGCUCGAGGUUUCACUGUUAUCGUGGAUGGACGGAAGUCUCAGUGGAACACCGUGAAGACUGUGGUGCUCAUGUUGCAGAAUGUGAUCCCACCUGAAGUGUCGUUGGUCUGCGUGGUGAAGCCAGAUGAAUUCUGGGAUAAGAAGGUGACACACUUCUGCUUCUGGAAGGAGAAAGACCGUCUGGGCUUUGAGGUGAUCCUGGUUUCAGCCAAUAAGCUGACUCGUUACAUUGAACCGUGUCAGCUGACGGAUGAUUUCGGAGGAAGUCUGGACUAUGACCACAGCGACUGGCUCAACAAGAGACUGGUUUUUGAGAAGUUCACGAAGGAGUCUACGUCACUGCUGGACGAGCUGUCGAUCAUCAAUGAUGCUGAUAAAAGCAGCUCAAUGGACAAGGACAAAUCUGCCGACUGUGCCCUCUUGCCAUCGUUUGACCCUGAGACUGUCCUUCAGACUGGUCAUGAGUUGCUGUCGGAGCUGCAGCAGCGACGUUUCAACGGCUCAGAGGGAGGAGGAGGAGGACAGGGAGGUCCAGCCUGGUGUCCAAUGGAAGAGGAGCUGCUGGCUCAGCCUCAGGUGAUGAAGCUGCUGGACUCCCUCAGAGAGCAGUACACCAGAUACCAGGAGCUCUGCAGGCAGCGAAACAAACGCACCCAGCUUGAUGAGAUCCACGCCAAAGUCAUGCAGGUGGUCACCUGGCUGCAGGGUCCGGGUUCAGAGCUGCUGAAGACUCAGCAAACGAUCGGGGACUCGAUUCGAUCAGCUCAGGCUCUGCAACAAAAACACGAGGAGAUCGAGAGCCAGCACAGUGAGUGGUUUGCUGUUUAUGUGGAGUUGAACCAGCAGAUUGCUGCCUUGCUCAGCACCGGAGAGGAGGAGGAAGUGGCCGAGCUGAAGGCACUGCAGCAGCAGCUGAGCGACGUCUGCUACCGCCAGGCGGCUCAGCUGGAGAGCCGACAGAACGUCCUGCAGGCAGCACAGGGCUUUCACAGCACCACGCAGGAGUUGUCUCAGCAGUUGGACGGUCUGCUGGGCAUGCUCUGCGCUGAUGUGGCUCCAGCUGAUGGAGCGGCUAUUCAACAAAACCUCAAACUGCUGGAGGAGAAGCUGCAGACUGUUGAGGCAGGUCUUACCUCGCUGCGACAGAAGGGGGCGUUGUUGCUGGAGCAGACGUGCAGCCAGCCGUCCUGGCCUCUGGAGGAAACGGAGAGUCCAACCACAGAACAGCAGGACAGCGUUCAACACAUCCAGUCUGUGAUGGAGGACAUGCAGCUUCGCAAGCAGAGAUGUGAGGACAUGGUGGACGUAAGGAGGCUGAAGAUGCUACAGAUGGUCCAACUGUUUAAAUGUGAAGAAGACGCUUUGCAGGCAGUGGAGUGGCUCAGUGAGUUGUUGGACGCCUUGUUGAAGACUCACGUCAGACUGGGAGACGACUCUCAGGAGACCAGGACCAUGCUGGACAAACACAGGAAGUUUGUGGAUGUCGCUCAGAGCACCUACGAUUAUGGCCGCCAACUGCUGCAGGCCACCGUCGUCCUCUGUCAGUCUCUGCGCUGUACGACGCGCUCGUCCGGAGACACUCUGCCUCGCCUCAACAGAGUCUGGAAACAGUUCAGCGUCAGCGCCGAGGAGCGACAGCAGAGACUGGAGCUGGCUCUCAACUUCCACACUGCCGCUGAGAGGGUGUUACAGCAGGAACGUGUGGAGGCGGAGUCUUUAGAUGAAGUCGACUCUUUGGGCAAAACUCUGCUGGACAGACUGACCAUGCCUGUGAUCUUCCCUGAUGGGAGCGAGCAGUUCUUUGGGAGUCCCACUGACACGGCGGCAGCAGCAGAGGGUGUCAGAGAGCGCCUCCUGUUGGUGGAAGAGCGGCGGCUGCAACUGCAGGAGGCGAGGCUGCACAAUGAUGGGGAUGAGAGGGAGGAAGAAGUGUUGAAUGGGCAAGAUGCAAGACUAGAUGUAAUUGGAGAAGAACUUAGUGAGAAAGAAGACCAAGAUGAAGAGGAGGAGGAUGUAGGGCAGCAGGAUGAAGAUUUGGAGAGGGCUACACAGGAUUGCUAAUGGAUCGCUGACGAUGUUAAACCAAGCAGCCUUAAUGAAGCCUGUCAGCGAAGGGCUGCUGAUUUCUACAGACCUCUCGUGUUCUCGCCUAGGGCAGGAUCGCCUUCUGUCGGCUGCUUCUCUUACUGCAGCGGCUUUUCCCUACAUUAAGACUACACUGCACCAUCAGCAUCACUGCAUAACACUUCCUGCAAGAGGAUAAACAUGUUGGACACCUUUCCUCCAUCUGGUUCUGGAAGAUCAGGCAUAACAAAUGUAAAAUACUGGAAUUGUUUACUGGAAUGUCUCCUUUGAUGAUAAUCAACUGUAAAAUAAUCCAUUUCAGGUGAGAAUAGUCCCAGCUUGUAUCUAACUGCUUCCUCCUCCUCAAUUCCUACAGUAGACAGAGCUUCUAUGGUGCUUCCUGUUGGUCUCAUUCCUGCAUCAACAGUCCUGAUACUUUAGUACUUUAGUACAAACAGGCUGGAAAAAAAGCUUCUGUCCAGCUUUCUGGAACUCGAGGAAAUGUUUAAAGUUCAAAAAGGCAUCAGGAACAAAUUUCAUUCGGUGUAAAGUAAAAGGUUUGUACUCGUUGGAAUUUGUUUUAAAGUCUGCCUGAAGUUUAAAAUUUUCUCUACAUUAAUCACCUUAUUCCUAGCCUCAUGUUAGCGGCGUGCUACACGUGUCAUUCCUUUUUUCCAGCAAUAAAAACUCUUAUAAUAAUGAAUAAUGCAGGAAUACAGCCUGUUACACCUUAAACAGUAGAUCAUAUAUAGAAUAAGGACACCUGCCUUCUGCUACCAAGGGUUCACAGAAAGUGGCAUCAGAGUAGUAAACUGCGUUAACUAAUACUCAGAUAAAUUAUGCUAAGUGAAAAUGGCUUUUAGGCUCUUAUUUGGAUGAACUUCUUUCUGCUUUAACAUAAAAAAACAAAAGCAAAAGUCCAACUUUAUUUUCUUGGACACAGGAAAAAACAACUUUGACCUGCAAGAGCAGGGCUUCACAGACAGAGAUUAGCAUAG